UGGCCACAUGACCCGGCCCGAGUUGCAGCGGUCGAAGGCGGAAGCAGAAGAGGAGUUCGGCACCGCUGCUUGGCCUGUUGCAGUUUCAUGGUGAUGAUAUGGCAUCUGCUAGCUCCAGCAGGGCAGGGGUGGGCCUACCUUUCGAGAAGUCUCAGCUUACUUUGAAAGUGGUGUCAGCAAAGCCCAAGGUGCACAGUCGCCAGCCUCGCAUUAACUCCUUUGUGGAGGUGGCAGUGGAUGGGCUCCCCAGCGAGACCAAGAAGACUGGGAAACGGAUCGGGAGUUCUGAGCUACUCUGGAAUGAGAUCAUCAUCUUGAAUGUCACAGCCCAGAGCCACCUAGAUCUGAAGGUUUGGAGCUGCCACACCUUGAGAAAUGAGUUGCUGGGCACUGCUUCUGUCAAUCUCUCCAAUGUGCUGAAGAACAACGGGGGGAAAAUGGAGAACACGCAGCUGACCCUGAACCUGCAGACAGAGAACAAAGGCAGCGUUGUCUCAGGCGGAGAGCUGACAAUUUUCCUGGACGGGCCAACUGUUGAUCUGGGAAGUGUGCCUAAUGGCAAUGCCGUGACAGACGGAGCACAGCUACCUGGGAGAGAGCCCAGUGGGACAGGUCCUGUGACUGAGGCACGGCACCAGCCACCCAGCACAAACUGCUUUGGAGGUAGAUCCAGAACACACAGACAUCCUGUUGGACCAACUAGAGCCACAGCAAAUGUUGAACAGAGCCCCAGUAGCAGGAAUCGACACCGGCAACCAGCGAAGAGUCAGAACCAUAGUGGCUUGGCCAAUGGCACAGUGAAUGGAGAGUCUGCAGCAGUCACUGAUGCUGAAGAGCGGCCUGUGGUUGGUGUGACAUCUCCCCCUGCUGCAGUGUCAAGUGUUACCCCUAACCCUGGGACUACCUCUCUCCCGGCCACGGCAGAACCUCGGGAAGGACAGGAGCCGACUUCUAGUGUGGAUGCGGUGCAGCCCCUUGUAGCAGCACCAGCUUCAGAAACUCUGCCUCCUGGGUGGGAACAACGAGAGCUGCCCAAUGGGAGAGUCUAUUAUGUCGACCACAAUACAAAAACGACUACCUGGGAAAGACCUCUUCCUCCUGGCUGGGAAAAGCGUGUGGAUCCCCGAGGAAGGUAUUACUAUGUGGACCACAACACCAGGACCACCACCUGGCAGCGUCCAACAGCAGAGUACGUGAGAAACUAUGAACAGUGGCAAUGUCAAAGGAAUCAGCUGCAGGGGGCCAUGCAGCAGUUCAGCCAAAGAUUCCUCUACCAGUCUUCUGGUGCCUCAUCUGACCAUGAUCCCCUCGGCCCUCUUCCUCCUGGCUGGGAAAAGAGACAGGACAAUGGCCGGGUGUAUUACGUUAAUCACAACACCCGCACCACCCAGUGGGAGGAUCCUCGGACCCAAGGGAUGAUCCAGGAGCCUGCCCUGCCCCCAGGCUGGGAGAUGAAAUACACCAGCGAGGGGGUGCGCUAUUUUGUGGAUCACAACACACGUACCACAACGUUCAAGGACCCUCGGCCUGGAUUUGAAUCGGGAAAUAAACCAGGUGGUUCUCCCGGAGCCUAUGAUCGAAGCUUUCGCUGGAAGUAUCAUCAGUUCCGGUUUCUUUGCCAUUCAAAUGCCCUCCCCAGUCACGUGAAGAUCAGUGUGUCCAGGCAGACGCUUUUUGAGGAUUCUUUCCAACAGAUCAUGAACAUGAAACCGUAUGACCUGCGCCGUCGGCUGUACAUCAUCAUGCGUGGUGAGGAGGGCCUGGACUAUGGUGGCAUUGCCAGAGAAUGGUUCUUCCUUCUGUCUCAUGAGGUGCUCAACCCCAUGUACUGUUUGUUUGAAUAUGCUGGGAAGAACAACUAUUGCCUGCAGAUCAACCCUGCCUCCUCCAUCAACCCAGACCAUCUCACCUACUUCCGCUUCAUCGGCAGGUUUAUCGCCAUGGCUCUCUAUCAUGGAAAGUUCAUUGACACCGGCUUCACGCUGCCCUUCUACAAGCGCAUGCUGAACAAGAGGCCAACGCUGAAGGACCUGGAAUCCAUCGAUCCCGAAUUCUACAACUCUAUCGUCUGGAUCAAAGAAAACAACCUGGAGGAGUGUGGGCUAGAGCUCUAUUUCAUCCAGGACAUGGAGAUCCUGGGUAAGGUGACAACCCAUGAAUUGAAGGAAGGUGGCGAGAGCAUCCGGGUCACGGAGGAGAAUAAAGAAGAAUACAUCAUGUUGCUGACAGAUUGGAGGUUCACCCGAGGUGUAGAAGAGCAGACCAAAGCUUUCCUGGAUGGCUUCAAUGAAGUGGCUCCAUUGGAAUGGCUCCGCUAUUUUGAUGAAAAGGAACUAGAGUUGAUGCUGUGUGGCAUGCAGGAGAUUGAUAUGGCUGACUGGCAGAAGAACACCAUCUAUCGUCACUAUACCAAGAACAGCAGACCCAUUCAGUGGUUCUGGCAGGUAGUAAAGGAGAUGGACAAUGAGAAAAGGAUCCGCCUCCUGCAGUUUGUCACUGGCACCUGCCGCCUGCCUGUGGGAGGAUUUGCUGAACUCAUCGGCAGCAAUGGACCCCAGAAGUUCUGCAUUGAUAAGGUGGGCAAGGAGACCUGGCUGCCUCGGAGCCACACCUGCUUCAACCGUCUGGAUCUUCCCCCCUACAAGAGUUAUGAACAGCUGAAAGAGAAGCUACUCUAUGCCAUUGAGGAGACAGAGGGUUUCGGACAAGAGUGAUGAAGAACGGCCUCCUCUUGAGUUUCCUGCCAUGGCUGGGCAGUCACUAGGUCCUGUCCGUGGGGCAGCAGGACAUUUAACUCUCAGGAGGUCCCCGGCAGGGGGUGUGGUGAGGAUCUCUAACUCCCCUAGCAUUGGCAGAUUUUCCAGGCCCUCGCGCCCGAGCUCCUGUGCCCCACUCUUGGCAGCCAGCCACUGGGAGAUUGGAACGGCACCUGGGGUUACCCAUCGCCCCUCUUCUCACAGUGGAUGUGCACGUGUGCGUGUCUGUGCGCAUGUGUGAGGGCCCCAGAGGGCCAGAAUCUCCUCAGUGAAGGUGUUCCCACUUUCUCUAGUGCUGGAGAAUCCCAUUUGUGCGUGUGGGGGAGGAAUCCCUAUUGUUGCUGGACCAAGCAAUCGAUCAGAUGAAGAGGUGAUGAGAGGGAUAGGUUGGGGGGCUUUUCUUUGCCUUUCCCAAUAGGAGAAGUUUUGAUCUUUGAAAUAGAAGUUUUAAUUUUUUUUUAGUGAUUCAUUUAAAUUGAAUGUGAGAGUGAGGGAUUUGGAAUAGAGCCUGAGGGUCAGGCUGGGCCUGUCCCCCCACCUCCAUAUGAGUCCCACAGGGGCUUGGGUGGCCGUACUCAGCACUCCAGCUCCCUAGGGUGGAGGAGGAGGGGUGGCCACUGCAGAGGUUAUUCCUGAUUAACAUAUCGUGGGUUUUUGUUUGUUCCUUUUGGUGUGAUGCUGCUGUUGCUCCGUGGAGCCCUAGCUCUGGGUUUGGCUGGGACUUUUGGGGAACCAGGCCCCUGGGGCUCAAGUUCUCCCCUCCUCCCUCUCAGGAACAUAGGUCAAGGUCUUCUGAGCCUGGGUCUGGCCUUAAGAGGACUGCUGAGACUUGGGGUGACCAAUUCCCUAAAAGCUCCCCCAGGUCCGGGCCCAGCUUGGCUGGAGAGCUGCCCACCGGCUUGUUCAGCUUCCCUCUCUCCGGGUCCUUGGGCAUCUGCCCAUGCAGGGGCUUCCGUGAGUGAAGCCUGACACCCAGGGGCCCUUCCCCAGCUCUUCAGUGUCCCCUGUUAUCUCCUGUUUGGGGGUGCUACGGGUAGUGGCAGAUUUGGACAGGGAGGAUGGUCUUCAUUCUUUUUGCCCCCACAAACAAAGGUCCUCCUCCCUCGGUGUGCCAGAAAGGAAGACGGGAAGCAGCACCUUUUGCCCCAGCGUCUGGACCCACAUUUCCCUUUCCCCUUUUACCUCCUUGGUCCCCGAAGGCUCCUGAUGCCUGAGGAUUCUGCUUCUUGUUUUGUUCCUUGUAUCUGAACAUGCUGCUCCGAAGACCUCCUUAACUCCCGGAGCCCCCAGAUGCCUCUUCCAGCUGCUCCUUGCCCACCCCGCCCUGUGCCAUAGGGUUCUAGCUUUAAAGUAGGGUUCUUUGGCAGCUGCUUCCUGGCUCGUUCCCCUUGUGGGGACCUGAGCCCAGCAGCUCCGUGAUGAUGUGUGUCAUGUCUUCCUUUGAAUGACGCCUAGCUUGGGAGGGGGGACCAGCCCCUGUUUUCUCACUUGUUUGCUGUGUUGUACCGCGAUCCCCUUUGAUCCUUCAGGCUGCCACUGCCGGGGCGCCCCACCUUGGCCGCACGGUGUCAGUUCUAGGGGUGUGUGUGUGUGUGUGUGUGUGUGUACGCACCCGCGUGCGUGUGCUUAUAUGCGUGUACAUAUGUGUAUAUAAAUGAAGUGUCUGUAAAAAAAAAAAAUCCUCCUUCUGUAGCAGCGGGCUGGCCACCAGCUCAUUUUGUAAUGCCCCUUCUGCCUCAGUAACACUGAUCUCUUGUGCAAUAAAUAAUCAGCAGCUGCAGGUUGUA